AGACACAGUUGACAAAGCAGCAAACUUCAAAGCAUGGCGGGCCGCCCUUGGCAUCAAGGCGUUCAGAAGUGGCCCGGACUUCAAGUUCAGAAGACUAUUGAUUGACGGCUGUAGCUCAUGCAGAAGGUUACUCUUACAGAGUACAAGCAAUGCGGUGCUAUCGCUGUGCCGGUCGCUUGCUUGUACAAGGGGGGCCGAGCAGCUGGGUCAGUUAGUGAGUAAGUGUCUGAGAAAGUAAGGUGCGGAUAGCCAGAGGUAGUGUACACAUGACACGUCGCAAAAGCUAAUGUUUUGAGCAACGACACCACUAGCGACGUAGACCACAAGGUGUAUUGAAAGAUGGCGCGCUACCAGUUCUCCGACCACGCGGAGCUCCGGGCAGUUUCGCACAUUGACAUGGAUUGCUUUUACGUGCAAGUGGAGCAGCGAAGGAACCCCGAGCUCAAGGGCAAGCCAACGGCGGUGGUGCAAUACAACCCCUGGAAAGGGGGAGGGCUGAUCGCUGUUGGAUACGAAGCGCGUGCAAGAGGAGUGAAAAAGCAAAUGCGCGGGGAUGAUGCCCGCGAACACUGCCCUGACAUCAACCUUGUGACGGUGCCAACAGCUCAUGGGAAAGCAGACCUGACCAUCUAUCGUGAAGCCGGAGCAGAGGUGGUGAGUAUCCUGUCAAGGAAGGGGCGCUGCGAGCGCGCUUCUAUUGACGAGGUGUAUCUGGACCUGACCGAGGCCGCAAAGGAGAGGAUGGCGCACGUGCCAACAAAUAGGGACGACCUUCAUGCGGAAGCUCAGAAGAGCCACGUCCUGGGAGUAACGCCCAACGUCUCCGACGCGUCCUCAUGGCUCGUUUCUCGUACCGAGUACUCCGAGCAGCUGUUGGCCGCGGCCGCGCUGAUUGUUGCGGAACUCCGAGAGGCCGUCCGCAUGGAGGCGCGGUUCAGCUGCAGUGCGGGCGUCGCGCACAACAAGAUGCUGGCCAAGCUGGCGAGCAACAUGCACAAGCCGGCGCAGCAGACGCUGGUCCCGCUCGCGGCGGUGCCGGGGCUGUUCGAGGAGCUGCCGCUCAAGAAACUACGUCAGCUGGGCGGGAAGCUGGGGGCGUCGUUGGAGAACCAGCUGGGGCUCAACACGGCGGGCGAUCUGAUGCGGGUGCCUCUGGAGAGGCUACAAGACAUGCAUGGUAAAAACGUCGGCAUGUGGCUGUUCCGCAUCUCCCGGGGCCUUGACGACGACCCGGUGAAUGACCGCGUUCUGCCCAAGAGCCACGGCUGCUCCAAGACGUUCCCCGGGCGCAACGCCCUGGCCGACUUGCCCGCGGUGCGCCACUGGGUGCGCCAGCUGGCGCUCGAGCUAGAUCAACGGCUGGAGACGGAUGCGGAGCAGAACGGACGGUUCGCGCGGCUCCUCGUGGCCAGCGUCAGCUAUCACACGGAACCCACCCUCGCGUCGCCCCACGGUGUGUCCAAGUCGUGCCCUAUUGCAUACGGGGUCGACCGGAUCACAGCGGACGCCUUUGGACUUGUCCGGCGAGUGCUGUCCGACUGUCAGGCGUUUUAUGUGACGUCAAUGGGCCUUUCCGCGACCAACUUGCAAGCGACCCCCGAGAAGACUGCUUCGAUUACGACGUUUUUGAGAAAAGUUCCUGGGAAACAGAGUGCGGCAUCAGACGGGGGCGCGCCGACUGGGUCAGAAACGACGGACAGGGGGGAAGGAGAGACGGCGCUUGAUGAGGAAGGCAACGGGGGUUUGAGGGGGCAAGUCGCUGCAGAUGAGAAAGAGGGUACGGCGCAAAUAGAGGGCGAAAGGGGCGGUGGGUCGGGGGAAUAUGCUGAAACGAGCACCGGAGGCGAAGCGAGACGGAAAACGGAAGUUGGUGCACGCAAGGUGAAGCGGCAGAGGAGUCCACUGCGGGACUGGCUGGCCGCGGCAAGCGGCCCAAGGCCUGCGUCGAAGGUCAUUAGCACUGGCGGAAGCGAAGGAAAGGGAAAAGGGCUGGAACGAGAGGUCUUGGCGGGGACUGCAACGCAGUCAGAUGCGCUAAAAGCUGAAGGGCGAGCAGCCUCGGAGCCUGCAGAAUGUGGAAGAACGGGGGCGGACGAUCCAGCGCUGCAGAGCGAGGAGUUGAGGGGGGAUGAGAUUGACGGGCAGCACGCAUUGGAAGGGGUUUCGUGUGUAGAAAGGGGUCCAGACAGCACAGUUGGGGAGGAGUGCGAGGAUGUGCAGCUUACGCUGGAAGAGUGGAUAGGUGACCGUGGUGGUACUGAUUCUAGAUCGGCAGCGGCUGAUCCGGAACAUGCCUCGUGUGAGGGCCGGGGGAGGACCAGCGAGAACGAGAAAGGGGCCGCCAGUUCAGCGGAAGUGGCGGGGGUAACGGCGGAACCGACGGGGUUGUCUGACCUUGCAAAGAGCGGACACGCUGACAGGUUGGAUUUGGGAGGAGAGCUGGGUGAGGGUAAUGUUGCUAUCGAAGAUAGGAACAAUGGGGAAGAGAAGGCCGACAGUGGUUUCGAAUGGAAGGGGGCGCUCGCAGAAACAGCGACGGCACGGCAAGUGCGGAACCGAGUGGAAGCUCCGAAGAGCUUAGAGGCGCUGUGGCAAAAGGCUGCGGUUCCAAAGACGGAUGUACAAAGUGAGAGAACGGUAGAGGACCAAGCGGGGGCAAGCAGAGAAGGGCGGAGGAGUACGCAGUCCAAGACGAGAAAGCGAUCGUUGGACGGACACGUGGCAGACGCCAAGGAGAAGUUGCAGAAGCUCUGGUCCAAAGCACCCAGUGCUAAAGAUGAGACUGGGCCGGCAGAGGUUGGUAGUGGCAUCACUUACGAGUUCGACUGGCAAGAAGUUGACCAAAGCACCUUGGACGAGUUGCCAUUAGCAAUUCAGGCCGAGAUCAGAGCAGCGCAAAGGUUGCAGAUGCAGCGGCAGCAACCUAAAGCUGCAAAAAAGCUAGAGAAGGCACAGCACGCGCAGAGCAUUAAGCCGUUCUUCCAGAGGAAGUCCCGCUAGUUGGGGGCCAUUGCAGCAUACGAAAGUAAUGGUACAUUGCAGCUUGAGCUUUUAUAUGACAGCUUUGUAACUUUUCGUGACGGCCCGGUGAUCAACAGAUUGUGUACGUGUGCUUAAUCAGAAAUACAUGGCUG